AUGCGGGGUAAUGCAUCACAAUUUGUACAUGUAUUGCCAGCAGUUGUUACCCCCUCGAUAUUUUAUUAUAAGAAUUAUAUUCAUUUAAACGAUUUAUGUAAGUCUUCUUCUACAAAAAUGGAGUUCGAUAAAGACCCAACUCUACAAGAAUGGACCCGAGAACAGCCAUUGUCUGUUCUCGCCUUGGACAGCGCCGACCGUGCUGUGUUAAGAAUAGCAGACAGUCUUAGGACCAUGCUAAAGCAGCUUCUAGCCAAAAAGGGCCCAUUCCAAAAGGGUCUUCAAGACUAA